CUCUCGAACAAACGCCCAAACAAUAUUGAAUAUGAGCUGAGGAAUCUGAAUGAAUAUAGGCCAAAUUCUAUGUUCUUUUUGGUGGUGGUGAUCGAAAUAUAAAUAUUCGAGUGAAUCAUAUUUUGUGAUAAAAUAUAUCAGACGGUUUCCUGAAAAACUCAACUUGAUUCCAUUUUAUUCUAUCAACAGUUAGAUAUCAGUAUAUUUUCAAGAUCGACACAAAUAUAUUAGGUGAUUCUAUCAUAAUGAACAGUCUGCAAACAAAAUGGUUUUUGAUGUUUGUGAUCCUGAAGUAUAUAAAUUGUGUGGAAAAUGAUGAGUGUACAGUAAAAAGAACCAGCGAUCGCCGACGGAUUUGUGAAUACAAUUGUAGAUAUGUUGACUUCGGUUUCGAAAAUGUUACUUGCAAAAAUUUGGAUCAGAUGCACGCUACAGCAAACCUGUGUUCUAAAAAAUGUACUCUAACAUUCUUAGGGAAUAAUAAUGAUAUUCUCAGAACAAAUUCAUUCUCUUUAUUAGAAAAAUUAGAAAGAGUUUUUCUCAAUAGCACAGGAAUCAAAACCAUCCAAAGCAGGGCGUUUUCUGGAUCUUCCACGAUCAAACUAGUGAAUUUGGCAGAUAAUAAAAUUUCCAGGAUUCCCAAAGAUACAUUCUCUCAACUCCAAAACUUGACAUUCCUAGAUUUGAGCAACAACAAUAUCGAAGAUAUAGAAGAAGAAUCAUUCAGCGGAUGCGUGUCUCUGACCUACAUAGACUUGAGCAACAACAGCCUGAAGAAAUUAUCUUCUUCGAAAUUUGAAUCAUUAUUAUAUCUUCAAACUCUAAACCUUUCAAGGAAUUCUUUGGAAUCCAUGGAUUCUAACUGGUGCCACCAUUUUCAUUCAUUGAAAAAUCUCAUUUUAGAUCACAAUAGAAUUAGUACUGUGGAAAAUUGCACGUCAAAUUUCAAUAUCGAUGUUUUAUCAUUUUCCAACAAUAAUAUAACAAUUCUAAACGGUCCCUUAUUUCCAAUCAAAUUGAGAAAGCUCAAUUUGAGCGGUAAUCUAAUGAAGGUGCUCAAAAAUCGACCCUUCCAACUUUUGAAAAAUCUGGAAUUCUUGGAUAUUUCGAAAAAUAAACUUGAUAACCUCCCAUUCGAACUUUUCGUCAAUUUGAAAAAAUUAUCGUAUUUGGACGUUUCAUUCAAUAAUUUGGUGAAGAUCAACGUAGGUGUUUUUCACGGCCUGGUCAGUUUGAAAUUCCUCAAUCUAGCCGAUAUUGAAACUGGUGCAUUUUUUUCAACGAAGAACUUGACAGAAAUUGAUAUCAGCGGUAACGCGAUUACAGAUUUAGAUGCAAAGACACUGUUCAAGUUUUGCUCCAAAUUGGCCUUUUUGAACAUAGAUGGUAAUUCUUUCACUUGUUCCGAUUUGUCCCAAAUUUUUGUUCAGGCUGAAGAGAAAAAAAUCUCCAUUUAUCCUGGCAGUUCCUACGGGGGGACGAAUUUUCUAGGAAUAUCAUGUAAUGAGGACUAUCAUGGAUCCUCCAAUGUUUCGAAAUCGACUAAUCAACUAGAGAAUUUUUUCGAGAAUGGUUUUAAACUAAGCUCGUUUUACAAAUUUUUCGAGUCGUUCAAGCAGCCGAGUAGAAAUGAUAACCGAGAAUUGAUCGAAAUACAGAAAGAUUUCAUCAGAAACAUAUCAAGUGCUAUUUCCAAAAUUUUAAAUGAUUUUUUAGUGGAAGAGAAAAAAAUUCGAAGGACUGAAAACACUGAUAUUUACCUACAGAAAUUGUUAAGUCAUUCGAGAGAACCAAGAUGAACAUAAUGAACGAAAUCUAUCCUCUCAAUUGCUUACAUUUUUAGAUCAACAAAGUGAAGCUGCUGCACAAACAGCUGAAAACACAGAUAUGAAAGACUUGAUUUCUUCGCUUGGCGAUUUAAAAUUAAUAUUAGUAAUCUUGAUCUUGUUUUUAAUUAUUUUUUGCAUUUUAAUAGUGUUCAAGAGACUGAAAUUUUCAUAUCCAUCAACAGAAAAUUUUCCCUUAUCUAGGGUUCGUGAAACUUUUGAAUGAUACGAGAUUCUCAAAUUGUGUAACCAUUUUCACCAUAUCUUUCUGAGCUCUAUUUGUCGUAGACUGUAGAAUAGAAACUUGGUAUAAUAUGGUGAAAAAUAUAAUAUUUUCAUAGACAAAUGUACUUAUUUUUUUAAUAUUUUCAUUGUACUGAAUAAUUUUCUAUGUAUUUCUUCCAGUCGGUUGUUAUGAAAAAUAAAAAACACCAUUUUAUAUUGA